UUCCAGUUUACAGACUCAAACUAAAGGCAAAUUGCCAUUCUCUAUAUUACUGAACUUUUCCUCCUUAUUCCAGUUUGAGCACAAAGUUAUAUAGAUUUGCUUACUCAAUACUCAGUAGAGACAAAGAUGAGUAGUUGUGAACAUCAUCCUCUACACAUUUUCUUCUUCCCCUUCUUUGGCCAUGGUCAUAUGAUACCAACCGUUGACAUGGCCAAAUUGUUUGCUGAAAAGGGUGUGAAAGCCACUAUAGUCACCACACCCCUCAAUGCACCUUUCUUCUCCAAAGCCAUUGGAAACUCCAAAACUAAUGGCAACAAAAUCCACAUCGAAACCAUCGAGUUUCCUUGUGCUGAGGCUGGUUUACCUGUUGGCUGCGAAAACGUUGACUCCAUCCCUUCACCAAAUUUGUUUCAAGCCUUCAUAAUGGCCACCGGUUUACUACAAGAGCCGCUUGAGCAACUAUUGCUCAAGCAACGUCCUGAUUGCAUUGUCGCUGAUUUUUUCUUCCCAUGGACAACUGAUUCUGCCGCCAAAUUUGGAAUUCCUAGGCUUGUGUUCCAUGGGACCGGUUUCUUCUCCUCGUGCGCUACCACGUGUAUGGGACUCUACGAGCCUUACAACGAUGUUUCUUCUGAUUCCGAAUCAUUCGUCAUUCCUAAUCUUCCCGGUGAGAUUAAAAUGACAAGGAUGCAGCUGCCACCUUUUUUCAAGGGUAAGGAGAAAACAGGCCUGGCCAAAUUGUUGGUGGAAGCAAGGGAAUCAGAGUCGAGGUGCUAUGGGGUUGUUGUUAAUAGCUUCUACGAACUUGAGAAGGUCUAUGCAGAUCAUUUCAGGAACGUGCUUGGAAGAAAAGCAUGGCACAUUGGUCCCUUAUUUCUUUGCAACAAAGAUACCGAAGAGAAAGUGCAUAGAGGUAAGGAAGCAUCAAUUGAUGAGCAUGAGUGUCUAAAAUGGCUUGACAACAAGAAACCUGGUUCAGUUGUUUACGUAUGCUUCGGAAGCGUAGCAAAGUUCUCGGAUUCACAACUUAGAGAAAUUGCAAUAGGUCUAGAGGCUUCAGGGCAACAAUUCAUCUGGGUCGUUAAGAAAAGCAGAGAAGAAAAGGGAGAGAAAUGGUUACCUGAUGGAUUUGAGAAAAGAAUGGAAGGUAAGGGACUAAUCAUAAGAGGGUGGGCGCCUCAAGUGUUGAUUCUUGAACACGAAGCAAUUGGCGCGUUUGUGACGCAUUGUGGGUGGAAUUCAACCUUGGAGGCAGUGACUGCAGGGGUUCCCAUGGUCACUUGGCCUAUUGCUGCAGAACAAUUUUUCAAUGAGAAGUUGUUGAGUGAGGUCCUUAAAAUUGGUGUACCUGUUGGUGCUAAAAAAUGGUUACGAUUGGAGGGGGAUAGUAUCACAUGGGAUGCUGUGGAGAAGGCUGUGAAGAGGAUAAUGAUUGAGGAAGAAGCAAUUGAAAUGAGGAACAGAACAAAGGUGCUUUCGCAGUUAGCUAAGCAGGCCGUGGAAGGAGGAGGAUCAUCCGAUUCUGAUUUGAAAGCUUUAAUUGAGGAGUUAAGUUCAUUGAGCCACUAAUAUACCCCGUAACUACAGUAUGCACAGCUUCUGUCUGUAAAGGUGAUUCUAGCGCCAAAAGACUGUCUUCUGAAGGUUCUGUCACCUUCCACAGUCAUCUAGCAUGUUGUGACCGACGUUUGAUCAAGGUUCGUUAAAAGGUUCUUCUAGGUAAUGUUCUGAUUUUUUUAAUGUGUUGAUUAAUGUCCAUUUGUCUUAGAUUUGUCUCUACAUACUAUGUGCAAUACAUAGAUUAUCAUUUUGUUAAUGAAUUUAUAAAAAGGAAUUUAUGAAUAUAAAUGUUAAAUAAGUAUAGAAAUGAACUUUGAUUAUCAUUGUGUUAUUCAGAUGGCAAAGAAGAGGGCUUGGAAAGCUGUUAGGAAUCACACUCCUAAGCCUAUGUUAGUGUAUUCUCGUGGGCCCAAAUUCCCAAGGCCAGGGCCCAAUACAACAAUAGGCAGGAAUUAGUGGAAGGGGUAGAGUUGGUUAUAUAUUUGUUCAUGGGAGUAAAUUUAGGAUCAAUUUCGAUACAAGGCAUAAGUGUGUUUUUAGAGUUUUUUUUAUUGAAAAUAUAAAAUUUUUAUCGAAAAAAAGCUUUUAUUAAGAUAUAGGAUGGGGUAUAAGAUAAUGUUAACAAAGUAACUGUAACAAAAAACAAAGCCAAUCCUCAAUCCCGAAAACCAACCAUACGAAAACAUAAAUAUAUGUAAUAAACAUGUAUAUUCUUGCUUUUUGCCUCUUCUUUGUACAACUAAUAAUUUUUUAAUUAGUUUUAUUAUAUUAUAGUAUACAUAUAAUAAUAUUUUUCAAAAAUUUUGGGGGGCCGUGGCUCCCCUUGUCCUAUAGAGAUCCGCCCUGCAUAUAUACCUAGUAGUUAUAUAAAUAUGGUGUAUGAUAUCAUUGAUAUGACUGAAUAAAUUUGCAUAUAUUAUAAAGAUGUAUGAGUUGUGUAUGUUCAAUUUGCAUCUUCAAAUGAAUAGGGGUGUAUGGUGUAUUUUCUGGAAAAGAGUAACGUGAGAAGGAGAAAGAGAUGAGUGGAGUACAUUCAGAGCUGAAAAAUAAUGAAAAGGGGGUAUAUUUAGCAAAUAGGGAAGUGUAAAUAGCAUAAACCUGUAUUGCUUCUUUUUAACUUUUUAGCCAUUGUUAAUGUGUUUGGACUUUGAACAAGGAGCAUUUUAAUAUGAAUUGGCGAUUAGUGAAUGAAUGAAUCUUGACUA